UCUGUUAUCAGUAGGUGGGGCUGAUCGCCUCGGUCUGUGCUUCUGCCUUGAGCAGGCUUCAUUAACACUGCAGAAGCUGUAGCUAAGCAACUGCCCAGGUUCCAUUUUCUUUCUUGGAAGUGGCAGGGAUACACUAAAGUUAGAAUGUAUGGAUUUGUGAACCAUGCCUUGGAGCUGCUUGUAAUACGAAACUAUGGUCCAGAAGUGUGGGAAGACAUUAAGAAAGAGGCACAGCUGGAUGAAGAGGGGCAAUUUCUGGUUAGAAUAAUAUAUGAUGACUCAAAAACCUAUGACUUGGUUGGUGCAGCAAGCAAAGUACUUAAUCUCAAUGCAGGUGACAUUCUCCAGAUGUUUGGAAAUAUGUUUUUUGUUUUUUGUCAAGAGUCUGGCUAUGACACAAUCCUUCGUGUCCUUGGAUCCAAUGUCAGAGAAUUUUUGCAGAACUUGGAUGCCCUGCACGACCACCUUGGUACUAUUUAUCCAGGAAUGCGUGCUCCAUCCUUCCGAUGUAGUGACGCAGAGAAAGGAAAAGGGCUUAUCUUGCACUACUAUUCAGAACGAGAAGGUCUCCAGGACAUCGUUAUUGGGAUUAUUAAGACAGUGGCUCAGCAGAUCCAUGGAACAGAAAUUGACAUGAAGGUAAUUCAACAAAGAAAUGAGGAGUGUGACCACACACAGUUUUUGAUUGAAGAAAAGGAUACAAAAGAGGAAGAUUUUUAUGAAGAUCAAGACAGAUUUGAAGAAAAUGGAACUCAAGAGUCCCGCAUUAGUCCCUAUACCUUCUGCAAGGCUUUUCCAUUUCACAUAAUGUUUGACAGAGACCUUUUUGUCACACAGUGUGGAAAUGCUAUCUACAGAGUUCUUCCACAGCUCCAGCCUGGAAAUUGCAACCUGUUGUCAGUUUUCUCUUUGGUGCGGCCUCAUAUAGACAUCAGUUUCCAUGGGAUUCUUUCUCAUAUCAACACUGUAUUUGUACUAAGAAGCAAGGAAGGCUUACUUGAUGUGGAAAAGUCAGAGAGUGAAGAUGAGCUGACUGGCACUGAAAUUAGUUGCCUUCGUCUGAAAGGACAAAUGAUCUACUUGCCCGAAGCUGACAACAUUCUGUUCCUGUGCUCUCCGAGUGUAAUGAAUCUCGAUGAUCUCACAAGAAGAGGGCUGUACCUCAGUGACAUUCCACUACAUGAUGCUACUCGCGAUUUGGUCCUGCUGGGGGAACAGUUCCGAGAGGAAUACAAAUUGACUCAAGAACUGGAAAUUCUGACAGACAGACUUCAGCACACACUGAGAGCCUUGGAAGAUGAGAAGAAAAAGACAGAUACCUUGCUGUAUUCUGUUCUUCCACCUUCUGUUGCAAAUGAGCUCCGACAUAAGCGUCCUGUUCCAGCCAAGAGAUACGAUAAUGUGACAAUUCUUUUCAGCGGCAUUGUGGGAUUCAAUACAUUUUGUAGUAAACAUGCUUCUGGGGAAGGUGCAAUGAAAAUUGUUAACCUUCUAAAUGAUAUCUACACAAAGUUUGACAUUCUGACCGACUCCCGAAAUAAUCCAUAUGUCUAUAAGGUGGAAACAGUUGGAGACAAAUACAUGACAGUAAGUGGCCUUCCAGAGCCAUGUAUGCACCAUGCACGAUCCAUUUGCCACUUGGCUCUAGAUAUGAUGGAAAUUGCAGGCCAGGUUCAAGUAGAUGGCGAGUCUGUUCAGAUAACUAUUGGCAUUCAUACAGGCGAAGUGGUUACAGGGGUCAUUGGCCAAAGAAUGCCACGGUACUGCCUGUUUGGGAACACUGUUAAUCUGACAAGCAGAACAGAAACAACAGGAGAAAAGGGAAAGAUUAACGUAUCUGAGUACACAUACCGGUGCCUCAUGAGUCCUGAGAAUUCCGAUCCUCAGUUUCACAUGCAAUACCGUGGUCCAAUAAGCAUGAAGGGAAAAACCGAUCCAAUGAAAGUUUGGUUUUUGUCUAGACAGGCUUUAGAAACAGAGGAGUAAAUGGUCUGUUGUUGUACGCGAAGUCCCUCCAUCUAGAAGAUCGGCUAAUAAAACUUGCACUUCUCCAACCUAAGGUAUUACUGACCAAGUCAAAGUUAAGUAAUGCCAUUAGGAGAAUCAGUAUUAUUAUUCCUUACCUUCUGUAUAACAUGUCUACAAUGUUUUCAGCAUCUUUGUGAUAUUGUUAACAUUCCAUUUAGCGUCUCUUGCCCUGGUGGCAGUUAGUCAUGUUAUUAAACUAAAAAGCACUUCCAAUGAUUUCCCAGUAGCGGCACUCACGUACAUGGUGGAUAAGAAUAACUGUUUACUAUUCUAGUGAAUGUUGUACCUUGCAAUAAUACGUUUGUUCUGUAUGUUAUUUUGUGAUGCUGAUAUUACACACUUAAUAAUAAUAAUAAUAAUAAUAAUAUUGUGCUGUGAUGCACAUUAAAAUACGUUUUUUUUAAAUGUUUUAAGCAUUUAUAGUGUUGGAGCAAUUAAAAGUAAGUUUCUGUUAUGUAAAACAACAUAUGUGCUAGUGACAUUUACUGAUAGUUAUGAAGGUAGCCACUGAACCCUUUCUUUUAGCCUGUUGUUGCAAGAGAUCAGCCAGCUGUGUAAAUAUAACAGCAUAGUCUCUCAACAAGAGUGCGUUAUAUUUUGUAAGUGUUGUUGUAUCCUCUCAUCGAUAGAGGAACCAAACCUAAUUGCCAAAACUAUAAAUAAAAAGCACUUUGUCAGUGGCGUAACUAAAUAUUACUGGGCUCAACAGCAAAUUGUUUUUCAGGCCCCCAAAAUGUCUAAAGGUUGACCUGUUUUACCAAUAUUUCUUGAAAUUGUAUAUGGUUUAGGGCCUCACAGGGCCCAUAUACCUCAUGGUCUUCCUCUCAGGGGUGUAACUACAGAGGAAGCAGACCCUGUGGCUGCAGGGGGGCCCAGGAGGUAUAGGGAGCCUAUGAGG